AAGUACAACAUUUUUACAAUAGGGGUCAUCACAGAGAGGUAUUUUAUAGCCUUAUCAGUGCAAUGACACACAUGGACCUUCUUGUGCAGAGACUUAUUCAUUGGUAUAUACCUAUGGCCAUAUUAUUUUUGCUUUUCUUAGGGUAACUGUGAUCUGUCCAGUUACUUCUGAAAAGUACCUAGCUCCAUAAAGCAAUAUUCAUCAGUACUUACUGUUGAAAGCCUGUUUCAAGAAACAGCAGGCUUGCUCUUUUUUUUUUUUCUCUCCUUAAACUCUUGUUUCUCCUGUAUUUAGAGAUUCUCUUCCAUUAUUGUUGGGAAUUACAAUGAUCUAUCAUUUUAUGUACAAUAAUUAUAUGUUAUCAUUUUUAGAAGGAAGAAUUAAUAGUGGCUUUGAAGUAGCAAUAAGGUUAUCACAAUUUCACAAGGUUCAUGGUUUCAGCUGUAAACCUCCUCAGGAAAAUAAUGGUCAUGGUGACAGUUUGGUAUCAUAUGGUGCAUACUGUCCACUAGAAUAGCACAUGCAGCAUUAAGUAGCCUAAUAGAUUUGUUUUGAAUCAUCAGCUUGUGUGAAUGAAAGGAAAUAGCCUGCCUUGCCUUUUCAUGCCUGAUUAGUUUUUGCAAACAAAUCUUGCAUAUUGAAGGAAAAGAAAAUGGACUGACGCGAACAGCAGCCCUAGAACAUCAGAUAAACAGAGGUAAUCUUCUAGAUAACUUGUUCUGUAGGUACAGAAUUUGUUUUCUAAAAAGUUCUCUCUUUUCCCUUUAGAAAAGCAAUUUUGUAUGAUUUGCAUCUUGAAAACUAAUGGUGAAAAGUAUUUUUCCCUGUAAAUUCUUAUAAACCUGAGAGUGCUACUCAGGCUCUGUACACUUAAAGAACAGGAAAGGGACGUAUCUUUGUUUAAAGUGCAGGUCCUUAUUUUACUAAAACCCAGCCAGGAACCUCAGGGACAUUAUGAACCAAAUGGCUUUUUCGUAACUGGAAUAAGGCCCUUCCAUAAAAAGGAAGGGCUGAAAGGGUGACAACUGCAAAAGAGCUCAAAAUACAAGUAUGUUUUCUGAAAGUGCAUCACUGAGAUUUCUAGGUGAGGGCAUAUCAGUUCCCCGUGGUCCUCCCUCUGGCUGCCCCUGCGUUUAGGAGGACAUCAGAGCGGGUUGGCAGCUCUCCCGUGCUGCGGCGUGAGCUCAGGCUGUGCUGCCUCGCUGGGGCCGUGUGCUGGAACCGGGGUCCGUCCACGCGGGUUCCUUAUCCGAGCUGAGGUGCGGGAGAGCUGGCGGCAAUCACAGCUUUUGUGUGGCCGUUGGUACUUUUCUUUCAGGUCAGCGGGGGAAGUUGUGUGUCUGUUGUCGUCUUCAGUGUGCUUCUCUCUGUCCCCGCGGAUUUGCAGUGUUGGUGCCUGGGCACUCAUGGGGCGCUUGAUAGCAUCCUCCAUUUCCCUUGAGGGACCAGGAGAGCAUUUGCGUUGCAUCUCCUUUGCUAGGUUGUCUCUGGCUAACCCGAGGAGAGAUGGACGUUUGGAUUGUUAUCGCCAAAGCAGAAUCUGGUGUACAUCAAUAAAAGUAGGGGAGAGUAAUAGUUUUCACAGGCCGACCACAGGAUGGUCUGAGAAAAAGCUCCCUGUUCCCACAUGUUCCAUGACAACUUUGUAGUGCUAUUCUUUCUCAUGGCAACAUUUUCCUGAAGAUGGAAAAAUUAAUAUAGCAAGUGUGGGAAAAUUGUCAGCUGAAAACCACUUUAAAUAAAAAGCUUUUUCAGCAUUUCCAAACAAUUAUGAUCAUAUGUUAAUAUUUAUUUAAGGAUAUAACGGGAUGCUAAUAAGUGCCUGAUCCAGAGGAGUGCAUUUAUGAUUCCUUGAACUAAUAGGGAUGACUCAGAAAAUGACUGGAAUAUCACAUACUUGAAAGUUCAAGCAUAAAUGAGAAAUGUUUGACAAAAUGAUUAAUCAUCAUUAAUGAUACCUUUAAAAAUCAAAAGUAAAAAUGUAAUUGUAAAUCAAUAAACAUAUAAGUUAUUCUUUUAAAAAAAAAGAUCCUUCCACAACUCUUACCUACCCACCACGUCCUAGCUGCAGAAUUUAGAAAAAUGAUUAGUAUCUGAAAGAAUUCUGACACUAUCUUGGUCUCAACUAAUAAACAGAUACCUCACCAGCAACACAUCGACACCAAAAGCGCCAAAUGUCGUCGUAGAAGAGUCUUGUGUAUUGUAGUCAUUGGACAGUAGGGAGUGAUCAUUUCCUAAUUUUAACUUAUUCAGCUAUUCUAACAUAUAUAAAAGAGAUUAAAGUUUUGGAGAGUAGCAUAUCCACAUUUAUCCAGGUAUAUUUUAAAUGAAAAAACUGAAACCAAGGUGAAGCACUUGUUACAAACUGGCUAAAUAAGCUUCUGGUUUAAUAGUAAUAGAAUAGACAGCAAUUAGAGGUUGGGUUUAUUUUUUUUUAUUAUUUAUUUGUUUAUUUUGGUUUGAGUACAAGUCUCUAAAUGAACUUUCAGAUAAGUGGUUCUUUUUAUUAACCAUUUAUAACGUCACUGCAGAAAUAUUGGAUUUAUGGAAUCCUGAAGCUAAGUGUACUCUCUGCUUAUCUAGAUAGACAUCAUCUCAAAAUUACUGGACCACAAAAGGAGAAUUUUAGUGGGCCAGUCUAAUGUGCUGUGAUGUUCACCAGUCUCCUCAGAAAAGCAUAAACUUUGGUUUUAUCUAGAGAUUGGAUAGAGACAUCUUUAAACAGAGAAGAAAGCUGAUGUUACAGGGCAGCAACCUUGAGGUGCUUAAUGGAGUUAUUUUUAUAUAGGAAUGUAGAGUUGGAAAGGACCUAUUAGGUCAUUUUUGAGUAAGUCAAAGUCAUAAUCAUAGGAUUCUUGAUAAAUAGCCUUUGGGGAAAUCAAAACAAGCUGUUCUUUUUCAGUUAAAUAGCUCACCCAGGGUGCUGAAUGGAACCGCUCAUUUCUUUAUUGGAGAAAAUACAUUAGAUUAGAAAUAGCCUUUGAAUCCCAAGAGCUGUACGGAAUUAAAGAAUUUACUUCCCGUGUGUUAAAGAACAACUUGGAAUUUAGCUGGCUGCUAGACCGCUGACUAUAAUGCCUACCAUGGUAUGCAAUUGCCAGAGAAAUAAAGCAAAAGGGGGCUGAAAAAGUGAUGUUUCCUAAUAAUCCAGUUGAUAGAAGCUUCUGCAGCUGUCAGCAUCUCCGGUGCUCUCGUCAGAUACCAAAUGUCCCAUUUAAAGGUGAAAGCGUGAAGGUGUGCACUACUGUAUUUGACCUAUAAAAAAUGACUUAAGGGGCUAGGCAAGCCUCUGAAGAGGACACUAUUUAGUGGAGAAGAGACAUCUUUGAUAGCGUGGAGUUAAAGAAACCCAUGACAAGACGGUAGUGAUUUAUUUCAUGCUCCGUCAGUUUUUUGUCUUCCCUUUAAUGUGCUACUUGAUUUAAGCUCGCUUCUCUACUGAAGGUUUAUAUCAUAUAAAGUCCAUCCUUGAGCCUUCAAGACCUCCUAAAGAAACUAACUCUUUCAAGACACAGUAAAGACUUAAUUGCAUACAUGUCCUAUGAUCCACUGUCACAUGGCACAUACCAUGUUUCUCUUUGUUCUCUAGCAUCUGUUUUUUUUCUUUCCUCCUCCUUUCUCUCUCUCUUUUCUAUACUUUGCUACUUAUUCUGUCAUUCUGUGCCCUUUUUGUUCUUUCCAUGGUUAUAGUUCUUUUCUUCUGUAUCUUAUUACAUAUUUGGCAGUUAGAGAAAAGGGAACAAAAAAGAAGAGAGAUUUCAACAAGGAAUUAAUAUGACUGAAUGUAGGAAAUGCCUACAAAUAGUUAAUGUUUGGUCAGAAAAAUCUUAAGGACAAGAAAAGUGAGGAAGAUAGUAAAACUGUUCUAGAGCUAGGUGAAUAGGGUAAAUGUAGUAAAUAUGUACAAUUCCAUUAGCCUUUCACUGUAACACUAAUGAAUUUUCUCCAGCUAUGCUUAGGCUGCCUUAUGCUUGUUCUUUGUGCAUGAAUCUUCUCAAAAUGACUUUCAAAGCUGUGUAUGUUCCUGUUCACAAGAAAUGGAAUUUGAAUUCCUUCGUGUGAAGGAACCUGUUGCAGGAGUGUGCUCUGGCACUCUGAAUACAGAGACUGUCAGAAGUUUCUCGGAUCUAGCUCAACCCAUCUUCACAGCAAAGGUAGCAAAUGGCAUGUACAGUUUAUAUAUGUUUAUGUAUUUAAAUCAUACAUUGAUCCAGGAAGAAAAUUAUCUAAACUGUUCUCCUUAUUCUUGUCUCAUGCACGUUUCUCUAUUUUUCAGGUAAAAAUACAUGUUGAAUUCUUUGCUCAUUUAUUCUCUCAGUGCAGUGAUUCUUCUUCGCUCCAGUGUUUCACGUCUUCACACUGUUGUGAUAUCAUCAUUGAAUCAAUUUUCUUAAAGAAGAAAAUCUUUACAAUGGAAGGACAGACAGACAAAGGGGCAGUUAGUGAUUUAUUGGCUGCGUGUCACGUUUUAAAAAGAUGGCAAAUAACCCAUGCACCAGGUAAUCCCCCGUGCGCGCUCAACAUGUCGGCUGGCAUCAGCCCCUUCCAGUGAGCGGGGGAAGAGGGAGGACUGGCCCCAGCGCCAUGGCAUCGCCCCGGAGGGCUCUGCGUGCGUCCCCUCCCGAUGGUGGCUGGGGAUGGAUGAUUGUUGCCGGUUGCUUCCUUGUCACCAUCUGUACCAGGGCUGUGACGAGGUGCAUCUCCAUUUUUUUUGUGGAGUUCCAGGCAUACUUUGGCCAGGAUUACGCCAGAACGGCUUGGAUCCAUUCCAUUGUAGACUGUGCCACAAUGCUCUGUGCCCCGCUUGGGAGUCUGAUCAGUAAUCAUGUGUCCUGUCAAGUUGGUAUCAUGCUAGGAGGGCUGCUUGCAUCUACUGGACUAAUUUUGAGUUCAUUUGCCACCAGCCUGGAACAUCUCUACUUAUCAUUAGGAGUCCUUACAGGACUUGGGUUUGCACUCUGCUAUUCUCCAGCCAUUGCAAUGGUGGGUAAAUAUUUCAACAGAAGAAAAGCGCUGGCUUAUGGAAUAGCCAUGUCGGGAAGUGGAAUUGGUACCUUCAUCUUGGCCCCAGUGGUCCAGCUCUUAAUUGAGCAGUUUUCCUGGCGUGGAGCAUUACUUAUACUGGGAGGUUUUGUUUUAAACCUCUGUGUCUGUGGUGCCUUGAUGCGGCCUAUUGCUCUUAAGGAGGACCGUAAAACUGCUCCUGAGUUUCUUGAACAGGAUUAUGUUCCUGAGGCACAGAAACAAGACUUAAGGCAAAUGUCCAUCUGUUCGCCUUUAAUCAAAGCAUGGUCCCAUGAAUGUUUAUGCUACUGCUCGUGGAAGGAAUACGACUUUUUACUGAUGCCAGGCUUCAUGGUGCUGGCAGUGUCGGUUUUAUUUAUGGCCUAUGGCUGCAGCCCUCUCUUUGUCUACCUAGUGCCUUAUGCUUUGACUGUUGGAGUGAGUCAUCACCAAGCUGCCUUCCUCAUGUCCAUACUUGGUGUCAUUGAUAUUGUUGGUAAUAUCACCUUUGGAUGGCUAACAGACAGAAGGUGUCUGAAGAAGUAUCGGCACUUCUGCUACCUCUUUGCGGUGGGAAUGGAUGGCCUCUGUUGUCUUUUCCUGCCAGUUCUCCAAAACUUCCCCUUGCUUGUGCCUUUUUCAUUUACCUUUGGCUACUUUGAUGGAGCCUACGUGACACUGAUCCCUGUGGUGACAGCAGAUGUAGUGGGAACUUCCUCCUUAUCAUCAGCUUUGGGUGUUGUGUAUUUUCUGCAUGCCAUACCAUAUCUAGUGAGCCCACCGGUUGCAGGUUGGCUUGUGGAUACAACUGGCAGCUACACUGCAUCAUUCCUCCUGUGUGGAUUUUCUAUGAUAUUUAGUUCAACAUUAUUGUGCUUUGCAAGACUAGCAAAGAAAAUCAAAAGAACACAUUUGCAGUCACUUACCAAUGAUGCUAACACCAAACAGCACAUCUGGGCAAAUGGCGCAAUAGCUUAUUCUGUCACAGGAGAAUUAGACCAAAAGGAUGUUGAAUUUUUGGCUGCGGAUACAAACAGCUACAGCAACAGAUGACAAGUGCCAUCAAGAUUCAGCACAGCACAGCCAGACGUGGCUGUAUGGUGUUAUGCUGCUGAGGAUAUUACUCCUGUGAAACAAAGCAUCUCCCAGUUCGAUUUUUCUGUCAUGUUUUAGUAGGCAAAAAUCGACACACAGCAACAGUAAUACAAAGUUAAUACAAUAAUAGGACAGAGCUAGAUUAAAAGUGAAGAGAGUUUAUAGAUACAGGUGUUCACAGAUUUGUUUCUAAUGCAGUAUGUUGACUCUAUUGGUAAUAUCAAAGAAGAUAAUUGGCUAUAAUCAAAAGUAAAUGAUGAUGUAAUCAACAAAAUGAACAACAAAAUUUAAGCUUAAAUUAUUUUUUAAAUUAUUUUUUAAACCAUGUUGAGGAAAUAAGCUUUUUGGUGUCCUGGUCUGUUAUGUUUCAGUGGACUAAUCGAAGAACCCACCAAAAACCUUCACAUUUAUCCAUCUGCAUAAAACUCUUUGCAAAUAACUGUUUUACAUGCCAAAGACAUUUUUAAGAAAAUCUGUCAGGAAGCUGUAGUUUGUGUAGAAAGCAUCUCUGAGGCAGCUUUAUUUUUUACAGUGUGCCUAAAUUUUGUAUGCAAGUUGCAACUUCGUUUGAUACAUGUUUUUAGAGCUACUUUCCCAAACUUCAGCUACACCAAAAUUUUAAGGCAGUUGUCACUUUUUUUCCUGGAGAUCAUUAAAGCCUGAAUUUCCCUUUCUGGGAAGGUGGCAAAGGGCUGUGGCUGCGCUGCUGCGGGUGCGCUGGGAGUACAUCUGUGCUGGAAGACCAGGCACACUGACAGGCAGAGCCUGCUUUCGCUGUGUUAGGUGGUGGAGGUGCAAAGGCAGCCUGUCAGCCCAGGAGGCCAGGCGGAAAGGCUCGUGUUUUUCCAAAUGCACCGUCUCUUCCUUCUGUGAAAUCAGCAGUUGUUGAAGCAGAGUGUGCAAGCAGAUAACUGAGAAACUGCUCGCUCUGCAGGCUGUUAGGAAAGAGGAUGUUGGCAGAUGGGUUGUUUCUGCAUACUGUAAUGUCAGGGCUGUCUCCUUUAUUGGAUCCAGGAGCUCUGUCUUCAGAUGGUGUAAAUUCCUCAUUUGUACCAGCUGAAGAGUUGAUCAGGUCAUUUGCUGUGGGUGGCCAGAAAACAACAGCUGUGAUUUGCUGAUGAUUUCCUGCUACUUGUGCUAGCAAAAAACUACAGCUGUCUGCUUUGUAAAUGAUAUAGACCGAAUGUACCUCAUGGGAUAAAUUAUUGAUGUGAUGAUUUAUUAAAUAAUGGGAUGCUUCUGCAUUUCCAAAAUGAAGCUGUUGUCAGAGAUGGAGGAACUUCACGUUCUGACAUGCAAAUCAUUCCUGUAUUUUGAUACAGUAUAAAGCUUUGUUCUGUUCAUUAGUAAAGUGAUCAGAGUCCAAAUUUUCAUCAAUGCUGAACUAUUGCUUUGAUAACCAUCUACAAGGUAUUCAGUGUUUGCUAAUGAUGUCCUAUUCCACUCAGCGCCUCACAAGGGAAAGCAACAUAGACUAUGAAGCUGAUUUAGAUCAAGAGUAAAAAGAACACAACCAUAAGGGCAUGAUGUAUUUUUCAUAUAUAUAAAUAGUAUGUGUGUAAAGUAGUUUUAUUUUUCAUGCAUAUUUCAAAUAUAACGUUGAUACUGUUUGACUUCAGUUGGCAGUGUUCAAAGCAUUUAUAGCAACCACACUCCAGAAACCUGUUCAGAGCAAGUGGCAUGAUUUACAUGCACAGAACACAGACUGAGGAGUGCAAAACCUGCUUAAAACUAGUGACAUGGCAUUACUUCAGCUCUACGUGGCAUCGGGUGGGAGCAACCAAGGAUGGAUUGCAUUUCCACCGGAUGCCACAGGGCCAGUGACCCAGGGCACCCCAGAUAUCUGCAUAGGCCAAAAGUUUCCCCAAAUGUGCCCCUUUCUCCUUGCUGGACUUCUAAGAGGCAGCCAGCGUGGUACAUGCUGGAGGUCUCCUGUGGGAGAAGCACUCUUGACCAAGGAGUUCCUCUAUGGGGCUGCUAUAUCUUUAGUGCCGGGCAAAGUGGACCCAUCAUACGAAUGACUGUGGCCCAUGGCUUUGACUUAUUUUCAUCUGGUUUGUGUAUUUUUCAGAAGUGCAGCUUUAGGACUCCUUCAUUUCUUCCUAACAUGCUUUUAAAUUGGUCACAGUGAAGGUGAGAGGGCUUCUAAGUUUGAUGCAGACAUACAGGUAACAAAUAGAAAUGAGUAUUUGCACCAGAAAAAUCGUAUCUUGAAUCUGAACUAAUAUUCAAAGCCAAAUACUAGAAAUAUUCCAGUCUGAAUUUGGAAUAUUGCAAUAUCAUUCUUCAGGCAAGAUUCUGAUUGUAAAUAUAACAGAGCUGGUUAACUUAGCCUAGAAGAGCUAUUUUUGAAAGCAGAAGUCCAAAACACCUGCAUGCCAAAGAAUCUGGAAAAGUUUUCGUUCUCCAGACUGAACUCGUGUCUUUUGUCUUUCCACCAACCUCUGUUUCCUAAUGAUUAUUUCCCAUAAACUACCCCCGAAAGAAAACAAAAUUCAUAACAUGUUAUUGCAAGUUUGACUUGUGUCUGAACCAUAUUUUUCUUUUGGUUUGUGACUGUUUUUCUGGCUAAAAUAAUCUGCAGUCACUCUUCUAGGUUUAUGCAGCCAUCUUUUUGUGAGAACAGGAGCAGAGGGAAGGUGCUAUCUUUACUGGUCUGUGCCUGUGAGGAAGGACCAUUAGCCUGAGUCAGGACUGGUGAGAAUUUUGUAUCCUAAGAAAAAAUAAAAGGCAAUUUCAGUUGUUGAUUUAAUUUUUUGUUUGUGUGAUCGUGGGAUGUAAUCUGAUUGUGACUCUCGUGACAGUACAUGAAAAUAUAUCAAGGGGCCUUAA